GCUUAGCGCUGAGUGCCACGUUGAUGGAGACCAGUGGGGACGUGGAGGAUCUGUCUUGAGUCUGCAGCAGCCGGGACCCGGUGUAGCCUCCUCUUCUGGGUUGUUGUUUUUUUUUUACAGCGUCAAGCAGAAGCGAAAGAGGAACUUAAAACGGGAGGAGGCUGUUUGUGUUUGUCAUCUUUUUGUUUAUGUGUGCGUUAAUGUAAGAAGCAGAAACGAAGGAUGAAGCUCAAAGAGAUCAACCGCACAGCCAUCCAGAGCUGGAGUCCUGCACAGCACCACCCCAUCUACCUUGCAACAGGAACAUCAGCCCAGCAGCUGGAUGCCUCCUUCAGCACCAAUGCCUCCUUGGAGUUUUUCGAUCUCGACCUGACUGACCCGAGUCUGGGCAUGAAGUCGUGCGGCAGCCUCGCCUCCUCUCACAGAUACCACAAACUGGUCUGGGGUCCGUACGGGAUGGAUUCUGAAGCCCACCCAUCGGGGGUCCUUAUCGCAGGGGGAGAGAACGGCAGCGUGAUCCUGUACGACCCCGCCAAGAUCAUGGCUGGAGCGAGCGACGUGAUCAUCGCUGAGAGCGAUCUGCACACGGGGCCGGUGAGAGGGCUCGACGUAAACCCCUUCCAAACUAACCUGGUUGCUUCAGGAGGGAAUGAUUCUGAAAUCUACAUCUGGGACAUGAAUAACUUCGGCUCUCCAAUGACACCAGGACCAAAAUCUCAGCCCGUGGAGGACAUCAGCUUCGUGUCGUGGAACAAACAGGUCCAGCACAUCCUCGCCUCUGCCAGCCCGAGCGGCCGAGCCCUGGUGUGGGACCUCCGCAAGAACGACCUCAUCAUCAAAGUCAGCGACCACAGCAACAGAAUGCAUUGCUCUGGACUCGCCUGGAACCCUGAAGUCGCCACUCAGCUGGUGUUGGCCUCAGAGGACGAUCGGAUGCCGGUCAUCCAGAUGUGGGAUUUACGUUUCGCUACCUCUCCUCUCAAGAUUUUAGAGAACCACACACGGGGCGUUCUUGCCAUCGCCUGGAGCUUGGCUGAUCCCGAGCUGCUCCUGAGCUGCGGGAAGGACAGCAGGAUCCUCUGCUGGAAUCCAAACACAGGAGAGGUCGUGUACGAGCUGCCCACCAGCAGUCAGUGGUGCUUCGACAUCCAGUGGUGUCCCCGGAACCCGGCGGUGCUGUCGGCUGCUGGAUUUGACGGACACAUCGACAUCUACUCCAUCAUGGGCGGCAGCAACCAGGCGCAGAGCCAGAGAGACGCUGACAAGAUUAGUACCUCCUUUGGGAACAUGGAUCCUUUCGGGACAGGUCAGACUCUGCCCCCGCUGCAGCUGCCCCAAACUUCUGCCCCUCCAGCGACAGUCACUCCCCUGAAGAAGCCCCCAAAGUGGAUCCGCAGACCCGUCGGAGCCUCGUUUGCUUUUGGUGGGAAGCUGGUUUCUUUGGAGAACGCAAAGCCCAACCCCCAGCAGCCUCAGCAGCCCACCGCACGGGUCGUACACGUCAGCCAAGUCGUUACAGAGACCGACUUCUUGAAGCGCUCCGAUCAGCUGCAGGCCACGCUGAGUGCAGGCAGCUUCGUGGACUUCUGCCAGGGGAAGAUCGACGCGGCUGAGAACGAGUUUGAGAGGACUGUUUGGUCAUUCCUCAAGGUUAAUUUUGAGAGCGAUAUCCGCAGCAAGUACCUGGAACUUCUGGGCUAUAACAAGGAGGAGCUCGCUGCGAAGAUUUCUGCAGCAUUAGAAGAAAAGCCUGCCGACCCGCCACAGCUUAUAGCAGAGGAAAUAUUCACCGAGCCUCCACAGCUUUUAGCAGCACCCGAGGAGUUACCUGCUGAUCCUCCACAGGUGGAGGUCCCAGCUCCUGCAAACCUGCAGCCUUUACCAAACCUCUUUGUGCCUCUUGUCGACAAUCCUGAAGCAGCGUUUGACUUGAUCGCUGCUGCAAACCUCCAGCCUGCAGCAGCGAACCUCCAGCCUGUAGCAGCACUGGAACUACACUCCACUCCUGACCCAGAACCUGAAGAGGUUUUAGAACCUGAAGAGCCAGCAGCAGCAGCUCCAGAGGACGCUCCCAUCAUUGAACCAGAAGAAAUUGUUGACCAAGUUCUUCCAGAGGGGGAAGCAGAGGAGGAAGAUAUCCCCCUAGAGGAGGAGGAGGAAGCUCCAGUGGAGGAGGAGCCCAGUCCUGCAGACACCUCAGCUCCAGUCGAGGAACCCGCCGAGGUUUCAGCUCCAGUCGAGGAACCUGUUGAGGUUCCAGCUCCAGUCGAGGAACCCGCCGAGGUUCCAGCUCCAUUAGAGGAACUUGCUCAAGCGCCAGCUCCAGUUCUCAUUGAGGAACCCGUUGAGAUCCCAGUUCCAGUUUUAGCUCCGUCUCCUGUUCCCGCUCCAGCUCCUGCUCCUACUCCAGCCCACGAAGGAGGAGUCAAUCUCAGCAUCAGUCAAGAUGUGGACGGUCUGAUCACACAGGCCUUGCUCACCGGAGACUUUGAGGGAGCUGUGGAGCUCUGUCUCCAUGACAACCGCAUGGCAGACAGCAUCAUCCUGGCCAUCGCCGGAGGGCCAGAGCUCCUGGAGAAAACCCAGAAGAAAUAUUUUACCAACACACACAGCAAGAUCACUAAGCUGAUCAGCGCGGUGGUGAUGAAGGACUGGCACGACAUCCUGCAGACGUGUGACCUGCACAACUGGAAGGAGGCUCUGGCUGCUGUCAUGACCUACGCUAAGCCCGAGGAGUUCUCGUCCCUCUGCGACCUUCUGGGGGGCAGACUGGAGGCAGCACAGGACAUUCACCUACAAGUCCAGGCCUGUCUGUGUUUCAUCUGUGCUGGAAACGUGGAGAAACUAGUGUCCUGUUGGACCAGAGCUCAGGAUGGACACUGUCCCCUCUCUCUGCAGGCCCUGGUGGAGAAGGUGGUGGUGCUGCGGCGUGCAGUCGAGCUGACGCAGCAAUCCGGCGCCGCCGCUAUCGGCAUCCUGAUGGCCGAGAAGAUGAGCCACUAUGCCAGCCUGCUCGCCUCUCAGGGCAGUCUGUCCACCGCCAUCACCUACCUGCCUGACAACACCAACCAGCUCGCCGUUCAGCAGCUCCGUGACCGUCUCAGUCGAGCUCUGGGACAGACGGCAGCACCCGCGGCUCCGGCACAGACCCAGAGAGUUCAGCCUCAGCGGCCUGCCAUGACUCAGGUCCAACGCGGCCUGCCUCAGCACCCGUGCUUCCCCGUGCAGCCCCCCAUGGUGCCUCAGCCCUCUGCAGCAGCUCCAGUACCCGCACCUACACCUGCAGCGUCCGCCCCCCCGCAGCAGCAGCAGUAUUACCAGCCGGUGAGGGCUGCCUCCACUGUCACCUCGUGGAGUAACCAAACUCCCACAGCCCUCCCCAAUGUCCCUCCUCCUCCUCUUCAAGCAGAGCAGAAGGCGGAGCCUUCAAACCCGUACGGGAUGCCUCCCUCCGCCUCUGCUGCAGCGCCUCCACCCUCCUCCGCUCCUGCAUACAUGCUCUCCCAUCAGUAUCAGCGCUACCCUCAGGUCAGCCAGUACCCCCCUGGAACUGGGGGGGCUCCUAUCUAUCACCCUCUCCAGUACUCCUCCUCCUCCUCCUCCUCCUCUGCCGCUCAUCCUCCUGCAGAGCCUCCUGGCUUCCUCUCUCAGUACACUCAACAGCCCGUCCCCUCUCAGUCCGCUCCUCUGGUCUAUCCGGGUCAACCUUACAGCAGCCAGUGCCUCUCCUCCUCUCCUCCUUCACAUCCUCCUUUCUAUCCAAACGCUGCUGCAUCCUCCUCCUCUUCUUCUUCCUCCUACUAUUCUGCUCCUGCAUCGUGCGGAGCGUCUUUCCAGCAUGGCGGGCCGGGAUCUCCUGCGUCGUACAUGCCUCCUCCUCCACCGUGCGGAGUCUCAGGACCUCAGAACGGCUGGAACGACCCCCCGGCUCUGAGCAGAGCAUCAAAGAAGAAGCAGGUACCACAGAACUUCUGCCCUCCUGCCCCCAUCACUGCUCCUAUCAUGACCCCUCUGGGUGCGGACCCUCAGGCCCAGUCGGUCCCCUCUGGCCCUCCUCAGGCCAUGAUACAGGGUGGGCAGCAGGGUGCCCAGGUCCCUUACUCAGGCAUGCAGCAGCAGCAGCAGCAGCUCUCACCUCCACCCAUGAACCCUGCCAUGCCCAAGACCAGUAUGGAGGGAGCACCUGGAGCACCGACUGGAGAUUUCAUACAGCCUCUGCAGUCGAUCCCCGCAGAGAAGAUCCUGAAGAAGCCGAUCCCCGACGAGCACCUGGUCCUGAAGACCACGUUCGAGGGUCUCAUUCAGAAGUGCUUGGCUGUAGCUACAGAUCCCCAAACUAAGAGGAAGCUCGACGACGCCACCAAGCGGCUUGAAGCGCUCUAUGACAAACUCCGAGAGCAGACGCUCUCUCCCGCCAUCGUAGGAGGACUUCACAACAUCGCCAGGAGCGUCGAGUCUCGAUCCUACACCGAGGGCCUCAACAUCCACACGCACAUCGUCAGCAGCAGCAACUUCAGCGAGACGUCAGCGUUCAUGCCCGUCCUCAAGGUGGUGCUGACACAAGCCAACAAACUCGGGGUCUGAAAAAAAAAAAAGAAAAAACUCCUCUGAGCCUUCGACCUGUUGGACCGGUCGGGGGGGGGGGUCGAGCUCGUUUCACAGGGAACUCGAUUUGAUCGGGAGGAAUUCUGACGAGUGUGGAAAUCUUGUUUAGGGUUCCUCUUUGUGCCAUUCAUGUUUUCAGACGUAACAAAAGCCAUGCUGUCAGCGGCACUCAGUGGUGAAAGUAAAUUCUGAGCCCGAAAACGGUUAAAGGGCUGCAGACGGUUUAAUUCAACUACCACCUUCAUACUAAUGCUAAGGCUAAUAACACAAGUGAUUUUAACAUGUUGGCAAACAGAUUCAUGAGUGAGCAUCUAAUGAAAUUAUAAAGCAGCAUAAAGUCCAAACAGGCAAGCCACACAGACAAAAGGGCAUUUUAUAAAUGAACAUGUAGAAACUUCAUUUACCGAGCAGUGUUCAGUGUUAAUCAGGAAUGGAAACAAAGAUAGGGAAAGUUAAAAAUGAGGUCUGGGGCAUUUCUGUCAGCUUGUAUCUAGACGAUGAAAUUAAACGUCACCACUUAACAAAACAUAGAGGUCACCUCAGUGGAUUCGGCAUCAAUAGCAGCAUGCUUUCUGUCUCCAAAGUGUGAAAUCACGCAAACUAACAAUCAUCUCGAAUAUACUCGCUUAUCAUCUUUAUAAUCGUUCAGUACUGUUGCACUACAACGAUGCUUCAUUACCUUUUCAUCCUUUAUAAAUACAAAGAACUUUCUCUUGAGAGAAUAAAAUCAUGCUUUCUGUUUACAUGUAAAUGCGUCACCGCCUGCAUGCACUUUGCUACGGACCUUAAAAUGGAGCUGCAGAGUAGAGUGGGAAGACGACCUUUUUUUUUUUUUUUUAGUAGUUGGACUGAAAACUUGAACAACCUCUAAUUAUCAUUUAAAGUAGAAUUGACUUUUGAUGUCCUAAUUAUUUUUAAAUAUACAAAAUGUGAUCUUUUUUUUAUUAAAACCCGUUUUUAAAGCACAUUUAUGGUGAAUCAUAACAGAUCAAUCAAAGUCAUUUUUAAGAGAAACUUUCUGGAAGCAUCUUCAAACAGAAACAGAAUUUGAAAAGAUGAAUUCAGUAUUUCAUGAUAGGAAUUUGAGUCUUAAAAAAAUGAGUUAGUAUUUUGAUCUAAACGAGGAAAUAUCUUCAAAUUAAAGGCACAAAUUUCAAAAUAAUGAAAUCAUGUAGAAAUAUUUCAGAAUAAUAAGUCAGUAAUUUAAUGUCAUGUUAUGAGCAGAAUUGGGAGUUGGAUUUUCAAAAUAAUGAGCCAAUGUCUCUUUGAAAAAUGAAUUGGUAACUGGGGCGCCAGAUAGCCUAGCGGUUUUGUCGUGCGUCACAUGUGCAGAGGAUAUCGUCCCCGUCGCAGCGACCUCGGCACCUUUGCUGCACGUCGUCCCCCUCUCUUCUCCUCCAAACAUUUCCUGUCUCUCUUCGGCUGUCCUGUCUAAUAAAAGACAGAAAAAUAACUUUUUGAAUUGGUACUUAAAAAUAAAGACUUAACGUCUCAAUACAACAAGUUUGUAUUUCUACAUUUGUUUGUGUUUAAAUAUAAAAAACUGAAAAUACAGACGCACCUACACUGAACUCCUUAAACAGAACAAAAUAAAACAAAUGAAAUAACGAGUUAGUUUUUUAGAACUUAAGAUUGUUUGUUGACAUAAUAAGUUAAAAAUCUCAGAACAAAGAUUCAGUUAAAGAACGAAUAACCGAUUCAACAUGUUCCUUUCCUCUGGAUUCUUGGUACGCAGUGGAAGAGGUACUUCUGACUUAUUUCUUAUGAUUAUUUUUAGAUUCAUUUUCUCUCAAAGUUUCUCAUAAUGUCAAACUGCAUCGUCAUUCAACUACUACUGUCUGAUUUCUCCGGCUUACUUUCACCACUGCUGUCGCUGCAAACUACACAUUGGACCAAGCUAAAUGUCAGCGCGUGUGGGAUUUGUAGUCCCAUACGAGGAGGAUGUUUAAUGUUUUAUUUCAUUUUUUUUUAACAUGUUUCAGUGUAACCAUGCAGCUCAGCAGAGUGGACUUUUUUAAAAACAAGAUGCUGUUGCUUUUAGGACAUUUGUAGAGUACGCAUGCUCAAACAAACGCUACAGUCUUCUUUGAUGGCAUUGGAGGUAAUUACCUGCUAAUUAAUCCCACCUCAGAGGGAAACUGGAAGGAGACUCCUGCUUGAUUUUCAUUCCAACUACGAUGAGGGCUGCAGUCUGAGUGGUCAACCACACUUUAUGUUGUUAAUAAAGGAAAACAAGUCUUUGUUUUAAGAUUGACAACAUGCAAUAUUUUCAAUAAAUAGUAUUUAUUUACAA